UGAUGGGAGAGUUCGAAAAGGUUUAAAACGCUGCGUUCUCCUUAUCCCUCUCCCUCCCUCCAGCGCUAAAAAAUGUAUUGUCAGCGACUGGCAGCUCUACCGGCACAAAUCGACCUCUUCCCUCCUUUCCCAAUCGGCACCGUUCCCAAAGUCCGAAAUGCCCCCACGUCCAUUCAACUCCCUCUCACCAAAAACAGUAAAAACGGCCCUCGAAUAAGGGCAAUCUCCACAGAUGAAAUUCCUCCAAAUGCCCUUCGCCGGAAGCGUGACCCCAACUGGAGAGGCGGGUUUAGCGUAGGGGUAGAUUUAGGAAUGUCACGCACCGGCCUCGCUCUCAGCAAAGGGUUCAACUUUCGUCCUCUCACCGUGUUGAAUUUGAGGGGGCAGAAGCUCGAGGAUCAACUCCUUGAGAUUGCAAAGCAGCAGGAGGCAGAUGAGUUUAUAGUCGGACUUCCGAAAUCGAGUGAUGGGAAAGAGACGCCUCAGUCCAACAAAGUUCGUAGCGUUGCUGGGAGGCUUGCUGUUAGUGCUGCUCAGAGGGGUUGGAGGGUAUACCUGCAGGAUGAAAACGGGACGUCCAUCGAAGCCAUGGAUCGCAUGAUUAAUGUGAUGUUUUGCCAUUUCUUGCCUGAGAUCAAGUUUCUUUUCAGGGGCCUCGGCAAGUCUGAUCGGCAAAGCAAAGUCGAUGCCUACGCUGCCGUGAUGGUGCUGGAGAGAUAUUUUUCCAUGUCCGGAGAGGGCACUGAGCUUGUGGUACCCAAGAAUUUGGAUCUGCUGGACAAACUUCGAAGAGGUCCUCCUAAAGAUAUUGACUUUUACCCCGAAGAUUAUGAGGAUUAACCAUUCACUAUUAAUUCACUAUUAACAGUAAAACCCGAGUCUUUGAAACACAUUUUCAAGAGGAGCAUAAACAAGAGAGAAGAGGCAAUGGUUUUGCAAUCCCAUUUGCGAUUAA